UUCUAAUCGAUCGUUAUAAUAAGAGACAUGUGCGUAUCUAAUACAACUAUUGCGUGUUUAAUAAUAUUAACAUUUGACAUAGGAAAUAGUUCCGCCGGAAUACAAAUAAAUAUAACAGUAGCGUCCGACAAGCGCGAUCUCAAUGUGACCUUCUACGGUUCGGAUGAUAAAGUCGUGAGCGACAGAGAAGUUAAACUGUACAAUAUCACCGAAGAUAGACUCAAAAACGGCACCGGCCAUGAGUUCGGCGUGACCCCAAGUGACGUGUUCCUCACGGACCCCACGCCGUAUGGGAACUUGUAUCUAAAGUACAAGUGGCGACAAGUGACCAGGAGAGUGACCGUCAGCAGUGCAGCCGUGCGUGAGGUCAUCAACGAGGACGUUGUGCUGGCCGUUCACGAGCACAUCAACAACACGCCGAUUAAGGUUAAAGUGCCGAUUAAAUUGCUCCAAGACGUUGAAUACAGUCUCAAAUCGACUUGGUCUAAAAGUGGGUUGCCGGGGGACGACGUUAACUACAACACUAGAGUUAAUUUUUUUAAUAAUAAACAAUUUCUAUUCGAAAAGAAAUGGAGGAAUGAAUCUAUGGAAACCGCGACGCUGCCCUUCGGAGUGCAGCGGCCCGGGAACAUGACGCUCGCGCCGCGCAGACGAGUGACCAUGAAGCUGAGAGCUAAGAGGACUGUCGUGCUGCUCACAGUGACGUACGCGGCGUAUCUCACAGGUACCGCCAGCCAGUGUUGUCGCCAGCUGUACCUACCUGUUUUCCGAGACACAGUUUUUACUAGUUCGGAAAACAGAUGUUCAGUGAUGCAGCGUGGUGGCCAACUACCCGCGCCUGCUGGGCAGCUACCACUUCUGGGCGCCCGCCGUCGACCGCGUGAUGGCGGCGGCGCGGCCCCGCCUCAACAACAGGAUCCUCACCACGGAGCUCGUGGAGCUCAAGUGUUACACGGAUCCGUUCCUGGACGUGGAUGUUAUUGACAAAACCUGAACAUUAACUAACUAUAAUGUAACCAUACAGUUUUUAUUUCUUCCCUUUGUUUAUUUUUUAAUAAUAAAAUAUUGUUUUUGGA